UCAGGACUUCCGGGCUAUCUGUUCCAUAUCUACGUCUUCAUUCUUUGAUACGCUGAUAUACAGGGCGCUGAAAAUAUUAUCAAAAUAUUAACUGGUAACACUUAACCAAAAGUGAUACCGAUAUUUUUUUUUACCUUUUUGUGCACAUAUCAAACAUCAUGGAUAGAGUCAAUGAAUCAGUUACAAGUGGCAUCAUACCGGAAGCUAAGAGUGGGUAUGAUCUUGAACUGUUCGGUAUCAACGAUGGGUCGUUUGUUUUGUUACAUUCCCUAGCGAUCACGUGUCUUGGCUUGAGUAUAUUGUCUGCUCUUUGCGUAAUCGUUGCUUCAACAAUGGACCGAGGACUGAAAGGGAUUUUCUCUUGGACCAAAAGUGAGCGGUUUGUUUUCUAUCUGGCUUGCACUGAAACAAUUCUUGGCAUUACCCACCUGUUAGACCACUCUCAGAUUCUAAUAACACGGGACCAUGUGCGACCUGCUGUGUUAUGUCAGGCUUAUGGAUUCGUUCUCUACAUUUUUGUUUUCGCCGAGCUGUUCACUGUCAACAUAAUAGCGGUUACCAUUUUUUUUAUCAUUUAUCUUCGAAAAAAAGUCGAGUACGGCUCAAGAGAUUGGAAAGUGUUUCUUUGGAUAUUUGGUUUGCCCUUUACGUCCGCUGUUGUACUUGCUUCUAUGGGACAGUUCGGAACAAAUACAACUUUCUGUUUUUUCGAUGCUGUGAGAGGAACGACAAGCAACAGUGUCGUCGCUAUACCAAUAAUCGUCAUCCUAAUCACCAACACUAUCCUCUAUGGUCUGACCUGGCACAGGAUAAGAAGUGAGACCCGCGAUAUCGAAGUGUCACUCGGCCCAAGAGUUGAAGCUACAAGCAGAUCUCAUCGUGCUGCUAGGAACAUGCUUUUAUUUCUGGUCGUGUACUUUAUUCAGUGGUGGCCCGCCUCUGUGCUAAGUAUUUUCGUCCUCUUCCCAAAUCCACCAUUGGUACUGAUCUACUUGGUGGCAACCUUCUCAAAUAUAGGCGGAAUUCUGAACGGGGUUGUGUACUUCUUCAUCAGAAGGAGGAGGUACACCUCGAGUUGACAACACAGCCCAACAACUAAGAGGAGCAUUGCUUCAAAAGUUGAAAAGGGUGGGUCUACCUUUGACCAAUGAAACCAUUUACCAGAAUUCUGGAAAGCCUCGUUUUGACUAAACAAAACUAUAGCACUGGGUUUUACCAGACUCUCUGUUCGGCGUAGCAUGCGCGGACAAGAGUCUGCUCCUCGAACAGGUAAUGCGCUUUUUAUACCUAGCGAGACCCAUACUCGUUACAAAGCAAGGACAAACUUAAAUG